AUGACGGAGACCACCAAGACCCACGUUAUCUUGCUUGCCUGCGGCAGCUUCAAUCCCAUCACCAAAGGGCACAUUCAGAUGUUCGAAAGAGCCAGGGAUUAUCUGCACAAAACUGGAAGGUUUAUUGUGAUUGGUGGGAUCGUCUCUCCUGUCCACGACUCCUAUGGAAAACAGGGCCUUGUGUCAAGCCGACACCGUCUCAUCAUGUGUCAGCUGGCCGUCCAGAAUUCCGACUGGAUCAGGGUGGACCCGUGGGAGUGCUAUCAGGACACCUGGCAGACAACCUGCAGUGUGCUGGAACAUCAUCGGGACCUCAUGAAGCGGGUGACUGGCUGCAUCCUCUCCAAUGUCAACACACCCUCCAUGACGCCUGUGAUCGGACAGCCCCAAAAUGAGACCUCUCAGCCCAUUUACCAGAACAGCAAUGUGUCCACCAAGCCCACUGCAGCCAAGAUCUUGGGGAAGGUGGGAGAAAGUCUAAGCCGGAUCUGCUGUGUCCGCCCACCAGUGGAGCGCUUCACCUUUGUGGACGAGAAUGCCAAUCUGGGCACGGUGAUGCGGUACGAGGAGAUUGAGCUGAGGAUCUUGUUGCUGUGUGGCAGUGACCUGCUGGAGUCCUUCUGCAUCCCGGGGCUCUGGAAUGAGGCAGAUAUGGAGGUGAUUGUGGGGGACUUUGGGAUCGUGGUGGUGCCCCGGGACGCAGCUGACACAGACCGGAUCAUGAAUCACUCCUCAAUACUCCGCAAAUACAAAAACAACAUCAUGGUGGUGAAGGAUGACAUCAACCAUCCUAUGUCUGUUGUCAGCUCAACCAAGAGCAGGCUGGCCCUGCAGCACGGGGACGGCCAUGUCGUGGAUUACCUGUCCCAGCCGGUCAUCGACUACAUUCUCAAGAGCCAGCUGUACAUCAAUGCCUCGGGCUAG